GAGACUCUUGGGGGGUCCUCACGUUCCUUUGUGCCGCGCUCUGCCACCUGCCCGCGCUGCCGGCGCUGAACUGCACCGAGGAGCUGGGCCCCGGCCACUCCAUCCAGCAGACCUACGACCUGACCCGCUACCUGGAGCACCAGCUCCGCUCCCUGGCCGGCACCUACCUGAACUACCUGGGCCCCCCUUUCAAUGAGCCCGACUUCAACCCCCCGCGCCUGGCCCGGGCCGAGCGGGUCCCCAGCGCCACGGUGGACCUGGAGCUGUGGCGGGGCCUGACCGACAACGCCCGCUUGGCCGCCAACUACCGGGCCUACAGCCGGGUGCUGUGCUCGCUGCGGGCGCUGGACGCGCAGGGCACGGCCGAGCUGCGCCAUCGCCUGGGCCACUUCUGCUCCAGCCUGCAGGGCUUGGUGCUGAGCAUCGCGGGGGUCAUGUCCUCCCUCGGGUACCCGCUGCCCGCCGGCCCCCCGGCAUCGCCCCACGGGACCCCGGUGCAAGGCGGGGGGGGGCCCCCCAAUGACUUCCUGAAGAAGAUGGAUGAUUUCUGGCUGCUCAAGGAGCUGCAGACCUGGCUGUGGCGCUCGGCCAAGGACUUCAACCGGCUCAAGAAGAAGGUGCCGCCGGCUGUGGUGACGCUGAGGAUGGAGGCGAGGGGGUUCUGAGCUC